UAAUACCCAAAAUUGCAUAUUCAGGAAAACUAUAGGGGCUCUUUUUUCUUUCUCAAAAAAUACAAUUUCAGAUCUUCUUCUACAGAAACGAAAUGCACGACAAUGGCGACAACUUCUUAAUUACAGUAAAACCUUGAUAAAUGAAACUCUCGUUAUCAUCUCCUAAGCUAUCCUCUACCUCUCCAACCGCAACUUCCACUCCCACUUCAUCUACUCCGGCGUCUUCUUCCUCUUCUUCAGCUGCUUCAUGGUUCUCCGGCAUUGUUCGCGGCCGCUCUGAUCGAUCUUCCAGUCUCAAAAUGGCCGCCAAUCCAACCGCGUUUGAUAAUUUAGGUCCAAUCAAGGGUAAAAACCAGUUCCGAGGUGUUCUUUUUAAGUACGGACCCAAGGCUAUUCAGGUUGCGUUUAAAACAGGUGAACAUAAACAACAAGUGGUUAUAAUUGGUGGACUAACCGAUGGGUUUCUUGCUACUGAGUAUUUAGAACCUUUGGCAAUUGCUUUGGAUAAGGAGAAAUGGUCGCUUGUUCAAUUUCUUAUGUCAUCAUCCUAUAGUGGAUAUGGAACUUCCUCCUUGCAACAAGAUUCCACGGAGAUUGAUCAGCUCAUAAGUUAUUUGAUCAAUAAAGAAAAUUCUGAGGGCGUGGUUCUACUCGGGCAUAGUACUGGUUGUCAGGAUAUUGUGCAUUAUAUGCGUACCAAUGCUGCAUGCUCCCGAGCAGUUCGUGCUGCCAUUUUGCAGGCUCCAGUUAGUGAUCGGGAGUAUAAUGCAACUCUUCCUAAAACAGCUGCUAUGAUUGACCUAGCUUCAACAAUGAUUGCAGAAGGCCGGGGUUCAGAACUAAUGCCUAGGGAAACAGAUCCGUCUUCCCCAAUUACUGCUAACCGAUAUAACUCCCUCUGUGCCUACAUGGGUGAUGAUGACAUGUUCAGUUCCGAUCUUAGUGAUGAUCAGCUGAGAAUGAGACUUGGGCACAUGUCCAACACCCCUUGCCAGGUUAUCUUUUCGAUGGCUGAUGAAUACGUUCCAGAGUAUGUUGAUAAGAAAGCAUUGGUUGAAAGAUUGUGCAAAGCGAUGGGUGGUGCUGAGAAAGUUGAAAUUGAGCACGGGAAUCACUCUCUCUCGAACAGGGUCGGUGAAGCUGUACAGGCGAUUAUAGAUUUCGUUAAACGAGAAGGACCUAAAGGCUGGGAUGAUCCUUGGAACUAAAUACGGUGCCAUUUUUUGCCUUGCAUUCUUUGUUUUCCUGCUUUCGUUGUUGCUGGUUUUUACUGUUACAUAACCUAUUUUUCCAUAUAAUAGAAGGUGGGUGUAUUUCCAAACA